CAGAGGGGACUCGCACCACUAAGUCACGUCGCGCUCCGCUUCUCGCGCACUUUCACCAAAACAAGAAUCAAUAUUUCACUUUUUCCUUCCACUUGCGGCUUCGGCUCCGUCGGACGCGCUCCAGGCAGUGAUUUUGAUUCUUUUUUUUUCAUAUUUAUGUUGGUUUGUCCCCACACCUCCUCCAACUUUAUGCGCGCGCUGUUGCGCACGAAGCUGCCGGAGGGUCUGCUGCCACUUCCGCACCGGCUGUGGCUCUCAUCCGGAUUCUCCAGAGAGGAAAGUGCAGCGAGUUUUAACUUGGAUGUGUCGAUCUGAGGUCGCUUCUGUCAAGCUGGGACUUAGACGCAACCACGCUCAUCGCUGCUGGUGAGGAACCACAGAAAGCGCAGCGGCGUCGCUGGUUUCCAAGUGGGUUUAUCAGGAGAAAAAAAGAAAAAACAGCAGAGCUGUUUGUUUCUGAGUCGGUAAGAGACCGAGGAUCCACGAUGAGCAAACCCGCCGGGUCAACAAGUGGCUGUUUGGAUAUUCUGAAUGUCAAAUCAAGUCGGAUUCUGGACAUCCCGUGUAAGGUGUGCGGCGAUCGCAGCUCAGGGAAACACUACGGGGUUUACGCGUGUGACGGCUGUUCGGGAUUCUUCAAGAGGAGCAUCCGCAGAAACCGGACCUACGUCUGUAAAUCUGGCUCACAGGGUGGUUGUCCCGUUGACAAAACUCACAGGAAUCAGUGCCGAGCGUGUCGUUUGAAAAAGUGUCUGGAAGUGAACAUGAAUAAAGACGCCGUUCAGCAUGAGAGGGGCCCCCGGACGUCCACCAUCCGCAAACAGGUCGCCCUUUAUUUCCGUGGCCACAAAGAGGUGAACGGCUCCUCGACCCAUUUUUCUGGAUCUUCACUGUCCGGACCUCCCUUCUUCACCACCGUCACGCAGCUGGAGCCUCACAACCUGGAGAUGAGCUCAGUGGCCACGACACCGGAGAGACAGGCUAUCGUGGGUCUGGCGCAGCCCACUCCAAAGUACCCUCAUGAAGUCAGCGGAACCCCCAUGUACCUGUACGAGGUGGCGACGGAAUCGGUGUGCGAGUCUGCAGCGCGCCUCCUCUUCAUGAGCAUCAAGUGGGCCAAAAGUGUCCCUGCCUUCUCCACCCUCCCGUUAUCUGAUCAGCUGAUUCUGUUGGAGGACACGUGGAGGGAACUUUUUGUUCUGGGCAUUGCUCAGUGGGCCAUUCCUGUUGACUCCACCACCCUCCUGGCUGUCUCUGGGAUGAACACUGAAAACACAGAGUCUCAAAGGAUGAACAAGAUCAUGUCCGAGAUUCAAGCGCUCCAAGAAGUGGUCACCAGGUUCCGACAGAUGCGUCUUGACGCAACAGAGUUCGCCUGUUUGAAGUGCAUCGUGACAUUCAAAGCAGUUCCCACGCAAGGCGGCGCUGAAAUAAGAAGUUUCCGCAACGCAAGCGCAAUCGCUGCGCUUCAAGAUGAAGCACAACUAACUCUCAACAGUUACAUCCACACGCGGUACCCGACUCAGCCCUGCCGUUUUGGGAAAUUGCUGCUCCUCCUCCCGGCGCUCCGCUCCGUCAGCCCGUCCACCAUCGAGGAGGUGUUCUUCAAGAAGACCAUCGGAAACGUGCCAAUCACCAGACUUCUCUCGGACAUGUACAAGUCCAGCGAUAUAUGAACUCUCUGUGGAGAGACUGGACCUGAGAGAUCGGGUCAGAAGACCUGGAAAGGUGCAGAACUGUUGCUGCGCACAAAAAGAGAAGAAAAACAAAUAGGCUCAGCUGCUGCAACAACAAAAAAGACACACGCAUCACCAGUCAGCCUGUUAACAGUUAGUUUCAUUUCCAGCCUCAAAUCUCUGCCGCGCGCUCCCGUCAAGUCUGCAUUAUACGCAGAUCUGGUUUGAAAAUGUCCCUGAGACCAAUGAGCUUGACGACCAAUUCAAUCAUUAAUUCAUUAAUUGCUGUUUUCAAUCCCGGUGGAGAAAACCAAAAAAAUAAUAAAUGAAACGUUUGCGCAUGCGCAGUGAGACGUGUGUCGCUGUUCUCCGUUUCCGGUGCUGAAACCAAACCGCAGAGGCAACAAUCAACAGGUUCCGGUUCAAUGGAUGAACUAUUAAAGGAACCCCUUUGACUGAACACACACCUGAGGGUGGUGUGUGUGUGUGUGUGUGUGUGUGUGUGUGUGUGUGUGUGUGUGUCCUGUUGGAUGCACAGCGUUAAAGCAUGGUUUAGCUCCACACUAACACCGGAUUAUAAUGUAUCCUGCACUUGGAGAUGUUUUCUGUGGCUUUGUGUUUCUAUCCUGUUGUAAAUAUCUGGAGUUAUAACUAUUUAGACUUGUAACCAAGAGAAUAAAAAGUCUGGAUUCAGCUGUUUUCACAGAUGAGCUGCGUCAGCAGCUUUUUUCUA